UUACAUUUCUUGUAUUUUUCUGAAUUAUGGAAUCUUAAUCUGCUGUGUCAUGUAGCACUUUUCCAUGCGUACAAGGCAGCACUAAAGUUUUGCUCAGAGAAUUGAUUUAUGGUCAUCUAACCGCCUCUAAAUACCCUUGAAUCCAUCCAUUCCUGGACAACAACUCAUUCCCAUUAAACUGAAACCUCUCUCUCUCUCUCUCUGCUCUCGAGUGUGGUUACAGUAGCUCUCUCUGCUUACAACAAGAUGUCGAGGAAGCCAAGCAUUAAUGUGAUCCUCUCCCUUGUUUUGCUGCUUCUUUUGAUAGUAGAGAAUUAUGCUAACAUCACAGAGGCUCCAACCCCUCAGCCCCAACCAAAUACAAAUAGCAACCGUCCACCGUAUGGCACCACUCAAGGGAGCCUUAAUCCUCAAGAGUGCGGACCUCGUUGCACUGGUAGAUGCUCCAAGACAGCCUUCAAGAAGCCAUGCAUGUUCUUCUGCCAAAAGUGCUGUGCCAAGUGCUUGUGUGUGCCUGCUGGAACUUAUGGGAACAAGCAAUCUUGUCCCUGCUACAACAACUGGAAGACCAAGAGGGGAGGCCCCAAGUGCCCUUGAAGACCUAAUUAAUCGAUUAUCUCUCUCCCUUUUCUGCCUCAAUGUAGCUUCCUCUGUUCAUUUAUAUUGUUCCAACUGGGUUUAAACAAAAACAGCAAUAAAUCUCUCACCCGUUAAAAAUGUUUAACCCAAAAA